AUGUCCUGUCGCUCCUUUCGGGUUAGCUCUGGCCACCGAGUUGGCAACUUCAGCUCCUGCUCAGCCGUGAUGCCCCAGAAUCUGAACCGUUACCAGACCAACUCUGUCUCCUGCCGAAGUGGUGUCAGCUUGCAGGGCUUGAGUGGUUUUGGGAGCCGGAGUCUAUGCAAUUUUGGAUCCCAUUUACCCCGAAGGAUGGCAGUAGGCUCUUACCCUAUCCAUUCCGGGGUUGGUUUUAGAUCUGGUGGCAGGAUUGGUUUUGGGACUGGCAGUGGUAUGGGCUUUGGAUUUGCGCCUAGCAGUGGCUCCUGUUUUGGGGCUGGUAGCAGCAUUGGCUUUGGAGCUGGAAGUAGCAUUGGUUUAGAGCCCAAUGGCAGUAUUGGCUAUGGGUUUGGAAGACCUGGUUUUGGGUACAGAAUUGGUGGAAUUGGAGGCCCAGCUGCUUCUUCCAUCACAGCUGUAACUGUCAACCCGAGUCUACUGACACCUCUCAACCUGGAGAUUGACCCCAAUGUCCAGAGGGUGAAGAAAGAUGAGAAAGAGCAAAUCAAGACUCUGAACAACAAAUUUGCUUCAUUCAUUGACAAGGUGAGGUUCCUGGAACAGCAAAAUAAGCUCCUGGAGACUAAAUGGAGCUUCCUCCAAGACCAGAAAUGUGUCAGAAGUAACUUGGAGCCACUCUUUGAGAACUACAUCAGCAACCUGAGGAGGCAGCUGGAUAUGGUUGCCAAUGAUCGGGCCAGGCUAGAAGCUGAGAGGAAUCACAUGCAAGAUGUCCUGGAGGGCUUCAAGAAGAAAUAUGAAGAGGAAUUGGUAUUCCGGGCCAAUGCAGAGAAUGAGUUUGUGGCUCUGAAGAAGGAUGUGGAUAUAGCUUACUUAAACAAGUCUGACCUGGAAACCAAUAUGGAAAGCUUAAUCGAUGAGAUCCAAUUCCUGAAAACUCUGUAUGAGAAGGAGAUCGAGUUGCUCAAUUCCCACAUCUCAGAUACGUCUGUCAUUGUAAAAAUGGACAACAGCAGGGACCUGGACUUGGAUGGUAUAAUUGCUGAAAUUAAGGCUCAAUAUGAGGAGAUUGCCAGGCGAAGCCGGGCUGAUGCUGAGGCCUGGUAUCAGACUAAGUAUGAAGAAAUGCGAGUAACAGCCGGCGUGCACUCUGAUAACCUUCGGAGCACACGUGAUGAGAUUAAUGAACUAAAUCGUCUGAUCCAGAGGCUGAAGACCGAGAUUGAUCAUGCCAAAGGGCAGCGUGCCAAGAUGGAAGCUGCUGUUGCUGAGGCCGAGCAGAAGGGAGAGACGGCUCUCACUGACGCCAAGGUCAAGCUGGCUGAACUGGAAGGGGCUUUGCAGCAAACCAAGCAGGACAUGGCCUGUCAGCUGCGUGAGUACCAGGAGCUGAUGAAUGUCAAAUUGGCCUUGGAUGUGGAGAUCACUGCCUACAGGAAACUCCUAGAAGGUGAAGAGAACAGGAUAUGUGAAGGUGUUGGACCAGUGAACAUAUCUGUGAGCAGUUCCAGAGGUGGUGUGCUAUGUGGCCCAGAAUCCUUUGUCUUCAGCUCCUCCCAUGCCCGAGGUGGCUCUGGCUUCCCUGCAGGUGGCAACAGUUGCACCACGAGCGGGCUCCAGAGUUCUGGGGGUGCCGGGAGCUCUGGUGGCUCCUGUGGCACCAGCCUGAGCCGGGGAUCUAGGAUUUCUGCCAGAGGUGGGGACACAGCAGUCACUAGUGGAGGGAGCUCUGGGAUCCCUGGUGAGACCUGUGCCCCCUGUAGUCCCUGUCAUCCCACUCAGGGCUUCAGCAGCAGCAGCGGCAGCCGGAGCGGCCGCAGCUCCACUGUCCACUUUGGAUCCACCUCAUCCCGCAGGAACAAGUACUGAAUGAAGAAUCCAGGAUGCUUUACUGCCUGAGAGAGAGAAAGAGAGAGAGAAAAAACUAUGCUGAACCUAGAAAUGCCUAAAUAUGGACUUUGUGGAUGGGCUGCCCCUAAAUGAAUCCCCCAAAUUCUUCCUUCUGUAGAGAAGCUAUCUAUCUUGUGAAUUAUCUGGAGCCACAGUUUGUCCCAGAUUACAUCUCUCUGUGAACCCUGGCAGCUCCCAUCAGUGUAUAUUCAGAAUGGAAAAUUAAAAUUAAUUUACCCAUGAGACAUAAUUUUAGGAAGGUCAAUCUGCUGCCAACCAAUGUU